GUAGUGUAAAUAUUUUCAAUAAAGAUGGUGGUUAAAACAAACGUAGAAGUGGCACGUGCUGUAAAACCGGGCAACGGCAUGGAUAGUUCCACCGGAAGAAUACGAUUACAGGCGGCUAUGGAGUCUAAUGUUGAAGACAAGUGUAUUUUGAUCGCAAAGGAAUUAAAAUUUGUCAAAACUCUGGCGGGUAAUGAUGUAAAACUCCGAAGAAAAGUUUUGAAAAAUCUCAAAACAUGGUUAGCCACACGAAGUCGUAGUACAUUUGCCUUCAGCAACUCGGAUUUUCUACGACUUUGGAAAGGGUUGUUCUAUUGCAUGUGGAUGUCGGACAAACCACUGGUCCAGGAAAAUCUGGCUGAAGAGAUUGCUUCCUUACUGAAAUGUUUCGAUGGUGCGGAGGUAUCGGUGCAAUUCUUCGCUGCGUUUCUGGAAACAAUGUCCGCAGAAUGGUUUGGAAUCGACACAUGGAGAAUCGACAAAUUUAUGAUGCUUGUACGUCGUUGUACCCGGCAAAUGUUACAAGUGUUGCACGAGGAAAAUUGGCCAGAACAUAUCGUUGAAAGCCUUAUGCAGCAGGUUGAGUGCACCGUUUUGAAUCCCAGCAAAUGUCCUUUCGGCUUGACCAAACAUUUCGAUGAUUUGUUUUUGGAAGAAAUUGCAAAAGUAAGCAAUGCAAUCAUUGACCCUGCAAUCAUUCACCGAAUUGUCCGGUCUUAUGCCAUACGUUUACUCGGUACGAAUGAUGUGCGUUUGAUUAAACACAUUAUUUCUAGUAUAUUCCACUCUUUGUUAUAUCAGUCCGAGCUGGGCCAAGAUUUCCAGGAGAAGUUUGAUCUGUGGAAGAAAACUAGCUUCGCAACUAACAAUAUCAAUGAUGUUGAGUUUGAUGUAAAUUAUGAGUAUAGUAGUGACGUUUCCGAGGAAGCCGUGGAAGAGGAAACCGAAAAGGUGUAUGAUCCUCGUGCUGGACAGGUAGAUGUUGUCAUCAAUGAAAUCAAGUUCGAUCCAUUGAAAAUCGUCGAAAUAUUCGAAGAAAACCGUUUCAAGUCGUUCGUUACUUCCAAAGGUAAAAAAUACAUGAAAAUGUUGGUAAAACAAUAUAAGAAAUUUGCCAAUGGUGUUUUUCCACUUGGAAUUCAAACUGUGGAGAGUACAUCUAAAAAGGACUACGACGUGGAUAUUGACGAGAAGGUAAAAGAAUUGGAAAAGUAUCAAACGGAACUCGUCGGAGAUGAAACAAGUAAUAAGAAGAAAAAACAACGAAAACACAAGUUUGAGCUCAAAUCUCAACAAUUGAAGCCCGAGUCCAAAAGUGAGCCGGAAACAUUAAGUCGUGAAGAUUCAAACAAGUCAAGUGAAGAACGGGAACCGGAAGCACAAAAAAGUAAAAAGAAGAAAAAGGCUUCCCGAAUGCAAUUGAAGGAAGAAAAAUUAAAACAACUCAGGUUAAAAAGAGAGAAAAAAUUGGAAGCCAUCAAACGGAACAAGUUACCACCUAAGGCGACGAAAGAAAGUUCAACAGUAGCAUUAGAAAAAAAGAAACAUGUUAUAGUAGUAGCUAAGGAUGCAAAUGCCACCGAGACGAAAACCAAUCCUGUGAAGAAGGACGUAUCUAAGGGAUUGUUCGAAGUUAAGGAUGAAUGGUCUAAACCCCUUCAAGAUGGUGAAGUUGAGUUGUUUAUUCCAUCAAGAAAGGCUAAGCUUAUGGAAAUAGCGAAGGAGUCGGAGUUGAAUACUUCCCUGUCGAGUACAACGAUGGUGAAAAAUCCAUUCGCAACACCCAAAAAUAAGGAAAAAUCUUUGAAACGAAUUUUAGAUGCAACGCCUACAGAUGAAUCGGGAAAAAAACGUGUGAAAAUUGCUCUCAAUAAGAACGUAUCGCAAGACUUUCAUCAGCACAUGCAACAGGUCAAGAGUUCACCCCAAUUGCCAUACGAUUCUAGUAAAAAGCCAUCGAAAGGAGCGCUGAAACCUAAUCUCAUGCCUAGUCCUAUUAAUCCCUUUUAUAAGAAGAAAAUCGGACUAAAGCUAAGACAAUAAUCUGUAACUGUGGUAAAAAUACAUUGAAU